AUGAACGAGGGACGGGCGAGCGGGGAGCUGGAGGGGAGUACGCUAGGCAGUAGCUCUCGAGACGGAGAUAAGACAACAAGUCGAGUCCAGCGACGGACACACGGCCCCGGUGGAUUCUUUGUCGACUCAUCCUUCCUACCCGGCUCCAAGAGCUUGAAAAGCAGCCAUCACCAAUUCCUCCGCCGUUCGGGGUCAAAUCGGAAAGAGAAACGAGAAGCUCCUUCUGAGCCGGGUCUGGAGGUAUCAAAGAGACGAUCGCGAUUUCCGUGGAGUCGUCAGAAGGAACAGAAGCUGGACUCCGCUGAGGCCCAGGCAGCUGAAGAAGAGGCUACUGCUUCUGCGCAUGUGGCGGAAGAUGCGGAACCACACCAGGAGCAGGCAGAAACGGAGACGCCGGACAACCAGGCUGCCAUGGGCCUGGACAAGGAUUCCUUGCAGAUCGUCAAUCUCGCGCUGAAUUUGAGCGAGUCCCGAAAAAGGAACAGUCUAGGACGUUCGGCGUCCAACCGCUUUCCGGGCAAUCGGAGGCUGGUGUCGGCCGGUCAGCCUGCUGCUCCUUACCCUGACAUUCAGCCGAUGACUUCUGCGGGCGGCCUUCGCCACGGUAGCCCCCGACAUCACGAUGCAGUGCACAAGUGGAGCGAUCGCUACAACAAGCCCACCAUCUCGGAAGGAGUGGCGGAAUUUCCGGCCCAUGCCCCAUCCUCGGUGCUCAGUCUCCUGCCUCAGUCGAUCGAUUCAGAAACUCUGCCUUCUGGGAUCUCAGAGAGCACUCUUAUCCGGGCUGAGAAGGCCCGCCGUCAUUUUGAGCUGCUCUCCGAAUACCUUCGGCUUCUGUCGUCGCUUCCGCCUCUGGAGCAUCUCGACCCGUUGGUUACAGAUUCGGUAUCAGUCGCGAGUAAUGGCGAGCUCUCCGUCAGAAGAUACAAUCCUCUCCAGUGUAUCCGUAACAGGAAAGUGAGAUUUCGCGAGCGAUGCAGUAUUGAUACCGAAGCUGAAGGAUGGUAUGACACCGAAAGGGUACACGAAUGGGUUGACUCUGUGGAGUCGUUGUACAGCCAUCGCAAUCACAGCGCCGUGGAACGUCUACAACUUCCGUCGUUUCCAAAAUCACGGAAAUAUGUGCCUUCAGAACAUCAGCUGGAUAUUGAUUAUCUUGCAGCCUCUCCUCCUUCGAGCCUGAGGCGUGCUAGCCGUACUAGCAGUGUCAAAGCCCGCAGGCCGCGAUCAGAUUGGGUAAUUGAUCCGGCAGAAAUGCUUUCCGAUGCUGCGUGGGUUGAAGAUGAUCACAACAAGAGCAAAUUGGUUGACAAGGACGGAAACCUCCUUUAUCCGAACCCGAAUAUACUGAUCGAUGUCGGUAUGGAUGAUGCCAAUCUCAGUUUGGAGGAGAAACUGCAACGUCAUCGACAAUUCAUGGACUCGGAGCAAUACAUUUCGCGUGCAUCUUUAUCCGACGCUCAUCCUAGUCUGACAAGCGGUACACGUGGAAGGCAACGGCACAGGUUUCGGACUUCCGGCCGUAGCACGCAUGAUAGCGAUAUCUCCGUCAAAGAUUUGGAGCCGGGAAGUCGGAAGCUUGGCUUGUUUAGCAGCUCCGCGAGCACGUCCAGCGCGGAUGACCGGCUACACCGGAUCAGGUAUACCCCGAGCCAUGGUCCCCCUCCCCGCCAUAGAACUGGGGCCCGCGCUAGAUCAGAAGGGAAGCGAAGCUCCAUGUCCUCUGUGCCGAGCAUCGAUGAUCGUUACGACACUUUGACAAACAUGGCAACCCUCGAUAACAAGUCCCCUGGUGUUCAUUCCCAGUUGGGUUUCUUCCCUAGUAUUGCAAGCAAUCUAUCUCCCCCGUCAAGCCGGUCUCCAUCACCCUCUAAGGGACGCUUUUCGCGGGCCCGUGGCUCGCGUCACGAGCGCAGCAAGAGCAACAUUCGCGCAAAGGACAACGUUGAUGAAAAUCUGCCAGACACGGACGGUGUACGUCAACAUAGCUUGUCGGAAGCCGCGGGUCGCCUUGGAUUUGAACCCAGUCCCCUUACCUACCAGACCACGUCAUCUACGUACCAGGAUGAACUUGAUAAGCCUCAAUCUCCGAUGCGGAAGGACGCCGCUCAAACAGAGUCGAGGCUACGCGGCAUUCUCAAAGGGCCUGGGAAGAUAGCCGAAAAAGUAGGCAAUGAAAUGUCGAAGGUCGGCGAUCGUAUCAUGAAGAAAGAUUCGAUGGCGAUGGCACGCAAGACCUCACUUUCUAGCCUAAGCAGUUCGGACUCCGACAAUCCUGAUGAGGCCGAGGAGAUAAAAGGCGACAGAACGACAGGCGCCAAAUCUCUUUUACGCCGGUUGCCUGCGUUUGCAGAUGAUGGCAUUCGGCCUUCGCGCAAGAAUCUGGAAAGAGUCGGUACACACAACGAGGCAUUGCUGUCGCCACAUUUAUUGGCGCCUGCUGGACAGGAGCAGUUUACUCAACUUCAAAGCUCUGAUUCUACCGACCUGCCAGGCCACUCUACGGAAACUAAUAUUUACCACAACAUGGACGGCUCUCAGAGAGAUGUUGGAAGUUUCUCUGCUUCCCUCUCAAGCAAUACAAAUGUCCACGCACCACCCACGCGCCUCGAGAAAUUGUUCGGACCCGAAAUACAUACAAUCCGGGAACAAAUCCAGAAAGGCCGGAUUAAGGAUCAGUCUGUUCCUUUCAGUCUCACCCGUCCACCUAUCACGGGUCUUGCGCAGGCCACGGUGGAAGCUUCCCCAGCGUCGCAAAACAGGCGCCCUGUGUUAGAUGCCCAGUCCAGAAGUUGGAGUAUCUCCAAUCGCAGUCUCUCCACUGCCCUCGUCAGUGGUAUCCCUGGAAAACGCGAGGUUGAACGAACUCGAGCAUUGCUCCUUACUUCGGGAAUCAAGGCCCGGGAAAUCACCCGCCGGGCCGGCACUGUGCGUGAGCCACCUCCUGAGUUCCUUCUGCGCACAUAUGGUGAUGCCUCCGUACCCGUGCCACGGGUGACUCGACUCUGCGAGUAUGAUGCAGCGGCGCAGGGACUACUCAAGAGAUUUGAGGAAACCAACCAUGCUUUCCGGCAGGCCAUGGACAACUUUUCGGGCUCGGUGUCAUCGCCACUGAAUGCUCAGCUGAGAAGACUUGAGAAGAUAGUCAAUGAGAGCAUCAGCCCUCGCGUUCAGGCAGCGACGCAAGAUGCCGAAGAUUUGAGCAUUCAGCUCAACACCACCAGCACCCUUGCGGUGAAGCAACUGAGCGAUACCCUCGACAAAGGUAUGCGCAGGCGUCAUCGCAGGUUGCGCUGGGUCCGACGCACCGGGUUUGUCAUGCUCGAGUGGGCGCUCGUUGGUAUGCUGUGGUGGGUCUGGCUCAUCGUCAUGGCUUUCAAGGUGCUUCGGGGCAUCUUUCGAGGAUUUCUCUCGGGCGUUCGAUGGAUUCUGUGGCUGUAA